AUGAUUGAGAGGCUGCAACAACAGAACAUUAUACUAAUGGAGCAGAAUGCAGCUGUCCUACAGAGUCUGGAGGCCGCUCGCGCAAAUUCUGAAUCGAUGCAGAGGCAAUUGAUGGAGAUCAUUGCCGCCACCAGAGGCACACCAGGAGCGUCCUCUUCUAACACUACCCAACCUGCUGAGUGGAGCUUGGAGAAUUUCCUUCAGCAUCGCCCGACCAAGUUCGAUGGGAAGUGCCUUCCUGAUGAAGCAGAUCAAUGGCUGCGUGACAUGGAGAGGAUUUAUAAUGCGAAAAGGUGCCCAGAUGAAAAUCGUUUGGCUUUCACAGAAUAUCUUCUGACUGGAGAAGCGAGCCACUGGUGGGCUAGCGUGAGAGCUAUAUUGACGGACGCUCACAGUCCUAUUACUUGGGAAGUGUUCAGAAACAAAUUCUAUGAAGAGUAUUUUCCAGACGGUGUUCAUUUUGCCAAGGAGGUGGAGUUCCUACAGUUAGUACAGGGGGGAAUGUCUGUUUCUGAGUAUACGAACAAGUUCAAGCACUUGGUUCGUUUCAACACCAUGGCGACCAGUGAGGAGUGGCAGUGUAGAAAGUUUGAAAAUGGGCUGAAGAGUGAUUUGAAGGUGUUAAUUUCCAGCUUAUGUAUUCCGUCAUUUCCUGCAAUGGUUGAGAGGGCCAAGGUAUUGGAGAAAAAUAUGGCUGAGGCAGAACAACAGAAGAAACAACAAGCAACCAGAGGACCAAUUCUGUCAAGGGCGAACCUGAAUCGGAAUAGGAUACCGUACGCCCGUCCAACACCGCCGUCAAAUUCAAGUGGGUCUCGAGCUUUGGUUGUUGCCGGACAAUCAGGACAACAGGGGACGAUCAGAUGUUUUCAAUGUGGAGGACCACACUACCGAUCAUCGUGUCCUCAGUUAUUAGGGGUGAAGUUAUGCACUCGUUGUGGGAAGAACGGACAUCUAGAGCGCGAGUGUAAUAUGGGCGGACGAGCGGCAAUGAGGCCGCCAAACACUGGAAGAAUGCAACAAGGGAGAGGUGGACGAGCGCAGGCUAUUGGUCGAGUCUAUGCGAUCACGGGCGUUGAAACUGCCAGUUCAGGUACGCUCGUUACCAGCACAUGUUUAUUAUUUGGAAAUCCUUGUUGUGUAUUGUAUGAUUCGGGGGCGACACACUCCUUCAUCUCGAAGGCGUGUGUUGAGAAAUUGGGAUUAGCAGAAAGUGAAAUGCAGUUUGACUUGGUGGUGUCAACCCCAGCAGCUGGUGAGAAGGGCGUAGAUAUAAGGUAA